AUGUUUUCCCUCAGCUUAAGCGCAUCAAUUAAAUUUAUAUUAAUUUCUCUUUUAGUGCUCAGCGUAUUUCUUUAUGUGGCUGCAUCAAAUGGCGACCGAUCUUUCGUAUUCGGCAAGUGUUUUGAAAGUUGCUAUUAUCACCUGUGCUCAAAUCAUACCAGAUUUAAACUCACACAACCCUUGCAUCUCAGGCUGCUGUCCUGGUCGUGUGUGGAUGAAUGCAAUUAUGCUUGUAUGUGGGACACUGUUGAGGCCUUUCAGAAAGAUGGCAGCCGAAUUCCACAAUUCUUUGGAAAGUGGCCUUUCAUCAGAUUUGCUGGAAUUCAGGAACCAGCAUCAAUGGUAUUCUCCCUCCUAAAUGCAGCCUCUCAUCUAGCCAUUUUUCAUUAUCGGUCAAAGGUACCACCUUCAGCUGAGAUGUACAUAGUGUGGCAUGGAAUGGCUGUUAUGGGAAUUGUUGCCUGGCUUUGUGCAGCAGUGUUUCAUACACGGGACACCCCUGUGACAGAGAUGAUGGAUUACUUCAGUGCCUUUGGUCUGGUGUUAUACAACUUUUUUACACUGCUUUGUAGGGUUGUUGGGACAAGUAGGAGACCUGUUAUAGCAUUGUUUGCUCUACUGCUGAUUGCAUUGUAUGCUUAUCACAUCCAUUACCUGACCUUUGUUAAUUUUGAUUAUGGCUACAACAUGGUGGUAAAUGUGACAGUUGGGACCUUAAAUGGGCUUGGCUGGAUCCUUUGGUGUGCUUACUACUGGAAGAGGAAACCGUAUGUGAAGAAGUGUUUGUUUGUUAUAUUGGGCCUGAAUGUCUUGCUUCUGCUGGAGCUAGGAGACUUCCCGCCGAUACUGUGGACAUUUGAUGCUCAUGCCAUUUGGCAUGGAGGGACUGUACCUCUGACCUUUCUUUGGUAUAGCUUUAUCAUUGAUGAUGCAUUAGACAAGCUAAGCCAGGAGGAUGUAGCAGACGUCAAAAAGAUCGCUUGA